AUGACGACGACAACAUCCACAAAAGACGAACCGCAGGAGACAGCACUGGACCCGACCUUGGUGAAGAAAUUGGUCAUGAAGGAAUUUGAUGGCCGACGUAUGAUAUCCAAAGAAGCGUCAUUGGCGGCUGGUGAGCUAUUGCGGCUCUUUAUUUUGGAAGCCCGCAAUCGCGCUUCUAUUGAGGCGGAAUGCGAUACCGAAUGCGAGACAAGCAACGAUGGCAAAGUGCUGAUUCGACCCGAUCAUAUAGCCAAAAUUGCGGCCGAGUUGCUCAUGGACUUUUCGUAA